CUUAUGCAAUGACCAACAAAACACUUGAUGGUCAAAAAUUUUUAGAUGAAAACAUCGCUGACAAUAUUGGUGUCAAAUUAAGUUACUCCGCCUACCAAGAUUGGGUCAAGAAACACGGAACAGAACCAAUUUAUUCGAGCUCCCAAUUCGAUGCGAAUCAACUAUUUUGGUUAUCCCACGCCAAUUUUCAUUGCGAUUAUCAAUCUGAAUAUAGUGACUCAACACCCGAUGAAACUCAUGCUCCAAAGGAUAAGCGUAUCAUCGGGCCAUUUUCGAAUAGCUUAGAUUUCGCAACUGACUUCAAAUGCCGACUGGGAUCUAAAAUGAAUCCCGUAAAAAAGUGUCUUUUUUUAAAAAUGAAACUAUUUCAAUAAAUUCAAUUGUUCUUAACUA